UUUGUUUGUUCGUUAAACCUCAACCUCGCAUUCAUUCGAACUCUUUCUUUCUCUGUCUCCUCUCUGAAUCCGCCGCCCACGCCUUACACCAAUCACCAUGGCAUGGCUGAGCCGCGUUUCGCCGCUUUCAAGGCUCGUUGCGACGCGACGAUCUUUCGGAUCAUCGGCCGCACUUGCGUUUGACUACGACUCCGACGAGGAGUACCUGUACGGUGGCGAUCGGCGUUUGGCGGAGGAGCCGAGGCUCGGUUUGGAGAGGUCCGGGAGGGAGAGGGGAGUGCAGUGGGUGGUGAUGGGCGCGCCGGGAGCCUGGAGGCACGUCUUCGCAGAGAGGCUCUCAAGCCUUCUUGAAGUUGCUCACAUUUCCAUGGGAUCGCUCGUCCGUCAAGAGCUCAGCCCUACAUCUUCUCUCUACAAGCAGAUUGCUAGUGCUGUAAAUGAAGGAAAGCAUGUUCCCAAGGGUCUUGUGUUUGCUUUGCUAUCAAAGCGCCUUGAAGAAGGCUAUGCACGGGGAGAAUCUGGUUUCAUUCUUGAUGGCAUUCCCCGCACUCUUAUUCAAGCCGAAACUCUUGAUCAAAUCGCUCAGAUUGACCUCGUCCUGAAUCUUAAAUGCUCUGAGGAGCACCGAUCUGCUCUUAGUGAAACACCUCUACCUCCCCAGGAGUUCCUCGGCUCUUCUAUCUUACACUCUGCUGUUGCAAUCAAAUCCCGGAGGAGGGAGAGCCUGAGUGUCUACGCAGAGGAGGAGGUGAAGCCCCUGGAAGAUUACUACAGGAAGCAGAGGAAACUUCUGGACUUUCAUGUCGGUGGUGCCACAUCAGCAGAAACAUGGCAGGGCCUAUUGUCAGCCUUGCAUCUGAAGCAAGCGAAGAAUUUGGCGACUUCACAGAAGCUGACUCUGUGAUGAUGAUGAACACAGCAUAGUCUUCUAAGCUUUGCUUUAUAAAUUUUGAUCCUUUUCUUUUCGUUUUGUUUUGAUGGGUCUGUUUCAGGCAGGCACCACCUAAUUUUUCUUUUGCUUUCACAAUAUGCAACUCAAAAAUUUAAGUUUUGCAAGAGAGCUCCUAAAGUGAUGAGGAUGAAACACUUAAAGCUUGUAAUGAGUCUAUAAAUAUAUAUAUAUAUAGAGAGUAAUAAUUUCCCUAUAA